AUGCACACCCACUUGUAUACACACACUCACUUCUUUCUCUCCCUCUUUAUUCCCUCCUGUUUCUCUCUCUCUCUCUCUAUCUAUCUCUCUCUCUAUCUCUCUCUCUCUCUCUCUCUCUACUUUCUUUUCCUCCUUUCUUUAUUACUCUCUCUCUCCCAGACAUACUCACAUGUAUUUUUCUUUCUUUCUCUUCCUGUUUCUCACACAAACAUUUUCUCUCCCCUCUUUCAAUACUGCAUCUCUCCAACACACAUACAUGCACAUUGUCUCACUCUGAUAAAUUAUAAGAUAUUUUUCUCCCUUUCUCUCUCUCUGUUUCUUCCACACUCUCUUGGAGCUCUUUAUCUCUCUCUCUCUCUCUCUCUCUCUCUCUCUCUCUCUCUCUCUUUCUCUCUUUUUCGUACACAUGCACACAGUUCCUCUCAUAAAUUUUCAGAUAUUUUUCUCUCUUUCUAUUUCAGUUCCUCUCACACACACACACUUUCUCUCUCCUUCUCUUUAACCUCUCACUUUAUCCUCUCUCUCUCUCUCUCUCUCUCUUUCUUCUCUAUUUCUCAUUCUCUAUCAAGCCUAUACACACAUGGUAUCUCUUCUAAUAAAUUACCAAAUAUUUUUCUCACUUUCUCUCUCCGUUUCUCUAUCUCUCACUCUCUCACAUAUGCACACAGUUCCUCUCAGAAAUUUUCAGAUCUUUUUUUUCUUUUUCUCUUCCUCACACAAACUCUCACCCACUCUCUCUCUCUCCCUUUCCCUUUAUCUCUUUUUCUCUUCUCUUUCUCUCUAUUUCUUGAUUAUCCAUAUCUAUCUAUCUAUCUAUCUAUCUAUCUAUCUAUCUAUCUAUCUAUCUAUCUCAGUCUGUUCAUAUCUAUGAAUCUCAAUCUCUACUUCAAUCUAUCUAGCUAUCUAUUUAUCUAUCUAUCUAUCGAUCUAUCUAUCUAUUUAUCUAUCUAUUUAUCUAUCUAUCUACCAAUCAACGUUUGCACUUGA